AUGGCUGCCCACCGCAAUCUCCUGGUGGAACUUGCACAAUCCAUUAGCGAUCAAGCCAGAGUGAUUGCAGAUCUGCUGAAUGAGCAACAGCUUCCACAACCCUCAUUCACCCUUGAUGCCCCGUUGAAGUUUCCCGAGGGACAAGACCAAAGGAAGCUGCAAGAUGCGCGGAUGAGUCUGCUUACCUCCACUAUAGCCCUUGAACAGCUUGUUACAGGACCCCAAGACUUUAUCAUGUGGCAGUCUUUGACGGUCAUGCAUGAUCAAUUUGUUCUGCACGCGCUGGAGCGAUUCGGUGUCUUCGACGCUGUGCCCACCGACGGCGAUAUCUCCUACCCCGAUCUGGCGGCGAGGACUCCUCUCACGGAGAAACAAGUGCGACGAGUCAUUCGACAUGCAAUGACGAAGAACCUCUUCACUGAGCCUCGACCCGACCAUGUCGCUCAUAACGCCUUUUCGAUUGCUCCGAUCAAAAACCCGUUGUUGAAACCUUGGAUUGGACAUAACCUAGGGGAGAUGCUGGUGGCGUCUAGCCGUCUCGGGGACGCCAUUGCCAAAUACGGCGACACCGACGAUGUCACCAGAACCGGCUUGUCCUUGGGAUUCGGCCUAGGAGGAAAGAGUAUGUGGGAAUGGUUCGCCAUGGAUGAUGAUGACGGUCGGCAAGAAAAAGGUUGGCGAACUCGUCGCUUUGCCCAAGCAAUGGAAAUCCGUGGUGGGCUUGACAUGGCCCAUAUACAUAAUGGAUUUGAUUGGAAGAGUCUUGGAGAGUCGACUAUCGUAGAUCUAGGGGGAUCCUCAGGCCAUGUGUCAAUGUCGCUGGCACACAAAUUUCCCUCCCUGAAAUUCAUCGUCGCCGAUUUUCCCGAGUUGCGUACGCCCUUCGAUGAAGGCUUACCGACCGAGCUUAAGCCACGAGUCGUCUUUGAGCCGACCGACUUACUUUCGCCUCAGCCGGGGCGGACAGCGGAUAUAUUCUUCCUCCGACACAUCCUGCAUGACUGGCCCGACACGGCGGCGAUCAAGAUACUGCGGAACAUCAUCAACACUCAAGAUGGUUUGAUCAGGGACGGUACCCGCAUAAUCAUCGCAGAUUCGGUUAUACCUCCGGCCGGAACGCUUCCACAACCACUUGAGCGCCUGAUCACCGCGUUAGAUCUCCACAUGUGGUGUUCCUCGAACGCCGGCGAGCGGACGCAGGAAGAUUGGAUCAGGCUCUUCAUGGCAGCAGAUCAGAGAUUGGAAGUCAAAGCUUUUGUCCGGCCUGAAGGAAGCGCAGACACAUUCAUAGAGCUUGUCUUCAGAAACUCGAAGGCUUAA